UCCACCACGUUACCACGAUUGAGGAUCAUUGCGAAGUGACGUCACUGAGUCUCCUUUUCCCUCUCUCUUUCAACAAGGACCGUCCCCGUUCUUCAGGAUGAAGACGGAGGUGUUUUGUCUUCUGAUUUGCCUCGGGGUUGUUACCGCCUUGACGAGGAAGCAAGAGGCUGCCGAACAGAGUCGUCGUAAGGCCGCUUCGGCAACAACACCAAAACAAACAGCAGCCGCGGAGGAAGAGUACGAGGACGACGAUGAGCUUCUGGAUCAGUGUCCAGAGCCAAACGGUUAUUUCCCGGACGCGUAUCAAUGCGACAAGUAUUACGAUUGCCGUGAUGGCAAGAUCAUCGAGAAACUGUGCCCGGACGGUCUCGUUUUCAACGACUUCAGCCCCCAACAUGAGAAAUGCGAUCUGCCGUUCGGUAUCGAUUGCUCAAAGAGGCCUAAACUACAGAAACCUCAACCAUCACCCCAUUGUCCCCGCAUGCACGGCUACUUCGCUCACGAAGAUACAAGAAACUGCAACACUUUCUAUUAUUGUGUGGAGGGCAAGUUCAACAUGAUUACAUGUCCAGAGGGUUUGGUAUUCUCCGAAAAGACCGGCAUCUGCAACUGGCCGGACGAAGCACAGAAAAAGGGUUGCGGUUCCCGCGAGCUCUUCAAUUUCACGUGUCCUGUGGUCGACAAUUCCGUGGCGGCCACACAUCCGCGCUACCCUGACAGCGAGGAUUGUCAAUAUUUCUACGUGUGCGUCAAUGGCGAGAUACCCAGGCGAAGCGGAUGCAAGCUCGGUCAAGCUUUCGAUGAGCGCACCGGCAAAUGCGACUGGGCCAGGAAAAUACCCGAAUGUAAAGACUGGUAUAAGGAUCAACUAACUGACGAAGAACUCGACGCUUUGGAGAAUCCACCGCCGAAGCCCAAACCUACAGGUGGACCAAGCAGAAGAAAAAGCAGCAAGCCGACAUAGGGUCGAGUUCUUAGAUUAGAUUAGAUUAUUUUUGUAGGAUUUUAACACACUCUCUCUC